CACUACUUUGUUUAAAAAUUGUAUAAUUAUUGAAAAAUUUGUGUUUCAAACGUUCUUUCAACUUUUCAUUAUUUCUGUUUGUUUUACAGAUAUGACUCAAACUGCAUCAUGUGGAAGAUGUAAAGUUCACCUUUUUACUCAAAUUCUUGAUGGAAUUCUACUUCUUUUAGUAUUGGUUGUCCAAGGUAGUAUGCUUAACUAUCUUUUAAUACUCAACAACCAGGGAUCUGCUGGAUGGUACUUCUGGUUUUUGGCUGAUUUUCUUAUCUUAAUCAUCUUUAUGGCGGCAGUUGUUGCAGCGUAUCGUUUCAACACAAAAAUGGCUAAGUUGAGACAUGCUACAAAUAGCCAAGAUGAAAGUUCACAAACUCUUCAGUCAUUUGGUUGGAAAGGAAUGCUACCUUCUUGUUACAUGGUGUGGAUUUUGUAUUCGUCUUUGCUUAUCACCAAAGUGAUACUUCUGUUAAAACUAGAGAUUGCCCAAAAGUUAGAAAUGUCAUCUCAGUUCAGUCCUCAGCUUUUAAAACUUCUUCUAGCUGCUUCAGCUGUUGUCUUUCUUCUGCUUGUGGAGAGCCAUCAUGGUUCAGACUCCCGUUCUGCUCGUCAGUCUUACAUCAGCUUACUUUCAACCAACACUACUUUUGAAAUCUUUGACAGUGUUACCUUUCUUGGAAUUCUGUUUACAAAUCAAUCUCAACUUGUGCUUCCUUUAGCUAUGUCAAAUGGAAUCCUUGCACUUUCUUGCAUUAACUUCAUUCUUCCAACUUUAGCACUUUACAAGCUAAGUCUUUCAGCAUUUGGUUUGAAGCCAGCUUCUCUAGGUUUAGGUUUACUCUACAAAUUUACACAUUUGUUCUUGAUAAAUCUUCCUUACCUGGGUAUUAGAGUCUACUUAUGGACCUCUUUUGAUCAUGAUAUAUCUCUUUUUCUAAUGAAAAACAUCAUCGCUGUGGUUAUUCUGUUACGUUUGUCUGUACCAGACAUUAUCCUAUGGUGGCAGUUAUUGCAAGAAAACUAUAGAAAGCAAGACUUGGGAAGAGGCAGAAGUUUAGAAUUGGAAAUUAUUUACAGAAAGCCUGAGGAUUGAUUUUUUUAAUUUAUUAGAUAAUAGUUAAUAUUGAACUUAGAUCUGUUGUAUUUUCUAAUAGUAGUUCAGUCAAUUCAGAGAAGGAUGUUUUUUAACAAACUUGUCAGUGUAUAUAAUUGCUGUAAUGUUGGUGUACUUUGGUGACAGAUUUUCUUGUAGGCAGAUUUUGUUAAACAAGACCGAUGUCUGUAGGUUUACUUUCUUCUUAGAAUUCUUCUCAAGAAGUCGA